GGGGGCGCCUAGCUUUUUUUUCCCAAGAUUUAAGCAGCGUCCGUCAACCCCAUCCAAGAGAGAGAGAGAGAGAGAGAGAGAGAGAGAGAGGAGCCUCAUCAUUCUACCAAAAAAAUAAGAGGAGCCUCAUCAAUGUCUAAGCCAAGGUUGGAGGGUAAGGUGGCGCUUAUCACUGGUGCAGCAAGCGGCAUUGGCGAGGAGGCUGCUAGAUUAUUCGUCGAAAAUGGAGCUUCUGUUGUCAUCGCCGACAUCCAAGACGAAUCGGGCAGUCAAGUGGUUGCAUCGAUGGGUUCGGACAAAGUUUCUUAUUACCACUGUGAUAUAAGAGACGAGAAGCAAGUUGAGGAAACAGUGAAACACACAAUUGACAAGUACGGAGCUCUGGAUAUUUUAUUCAGCAAUGCUGGAGUGAUGGGCCCAUUAACUGGCAUUCUAGACCUUGACAUCCAAGGGCUUGACAACACCAUGGCCACCAACGUCCGAGGAGUCGCUGCAACAGUCAAGCACUCGGCUCGUGCAAUGGUGGAUAAGAAGAUCCGGGGAUCGAUCAUCUGCACCACCAGUGUGGCAGCGUGCCUUGGAGGAGCCGGUCCACACGCCUACACAGCAUCCAAACACGCCAUUGUGGGGCUUGUUCGAUCCGCAUGCAGUGAGCUUGGGGCUUAUGGAAUUAGAGUCAAUUGUCUAUCUCCAUUUGGUGUUGCCACUCCUCUUUCUUGUAAAGCCUACAAUUUGGAACCAAGUGAAGUCGAGGCAAAUAGUUGUGCCUUGGCGAAUCUGAAGGGCAUUGUAUUGAAGGCUAGGCAUAUAGCCGAGGCUGCGCUUUUUCUUGCUUCGGAUGAGGCGGCUUAUAUAAGUGGUCACAAUUUGGUUGUUGAUGGCGGUUUCACGGUGGUUAACCAGAGCAAUUUCUCGGCCUUGUAAAAGGAUGUAUUACGGUCUUUAUUAGCUCGGGCGCCAAGUAUUAUUAUUUUUAUUGGCGUACGUUGCUAUUUAGGAGGGUUUUUUUUUUUGUUUUUUUGUUUUUUUUCUGCCUGUGUGCUGUAAAAUUCUGCUGAAUUAAUUUGAAGUCAAACCCUGUUACCCAGCA